UGCUUAUCGCUGUUAAAAAUAAAACAGCUGACGGCAAUCCUCUGUGUACAGAACUCGGGAACAAGAAAAAGUUUUUUGUUAUUAAAAAGCAAAUACAUAGAUGCCAAGUAAAGAACCACUGGAUAAUUAAAUUUAAUUACAUACAUAUAAAAUGAGCACAACACGUCCGUUCUGUUUUGUUUGUGGCAAGGUCAAGUCUGUUGGCGUCUUUCAGCUCAUCGAAGGUUGCAUAGUCCCGGGCACAUUUAAGCCCAUUAAAGACAUACUGAAAUACUUUGAAAAGGUAAUUAAUCAACGCUUGGAUCUAACACCCACAUCGGCUGCUUGCAAUGAUUGCCUCGAAUAUCUCUUCAAUUACGACCGGCUCGUUCGGAACCUGAGUCAAGUGCAGCGACAGAUUGCAAAUUCUUUGCUAAGUUGUCGCAAAAAGAAAGCGCCAUGUUUGCAGCCCAAGAAAGAUGCCGUUAAACCUAAACCGCAGGAAAUACGCUCAAGAAUCGUAGAAAAUGAAUCUCCGCAGAAGGUCGUUAAGCAGGAGCCAGAUGAAGAUUUUCAGGAUUUCGAAGAGCCACACCAAGAAUCUCCAUUUAGCGAGAGCGAGGAGAGCAUGGACGAUUCGGAUGGCGAUGAUAAUUUAGAUAUACCAUGUCACAUAUGCGGUGAAUUGUUUUCAAAUCAGGAUUGUCUCGAAAAGCACAUUAAAACGGACAAUUGCCAGAAGAAUGAAUUUGCCACCUGCAACAUAUGCGGCAUUAAGGUGAAGAACGAUGAGGUUCUCGAUCUGCAUAUGAAUCUGCAUGAGGGCAAAACGGAGCUGGAAUGUCGCUACUGUUCGAAAAAGUUCUCGCAUAAACGAAACGUCUUGCGCCACAUGGAAGUGCAUUGGGAUAAAAAGAAAUAUCAAUGCGAAAAAUGUGGCGAGCGUUUCUCAUUAUCCUGGCUUAUGUACAAUCAUCUAAUGAGGCACGACGCCGAGGAGCAUGCCCUGAUCUGUGAUGUUUGCCAUCAGCAAUUCAAAACGAAACGCACCUACAAGCAUCACCUGCGCACCCAUCAAACCGAUCGCCCACGCUAUCAAUGCUCAGACUGCGAAAAGUCUUUCGUAGACAAAUAUACCUUAAAGGUGCACAAACGUGUCCAUCUGCCAGCUGAGUCAACAAAAUCUGCCACAGAAAGUCAUGCGAUUAAUCUCUAAACACCUUCUACUUUCAUUUCAAUUUUAGUGCAUGCAUAUGAAGACAAUUUGUGUGUAUUAUUUAAUAUAUUUGAAAUAUAUUUAGGGUUUUAAAGACUGUUUAAGUAACUGAUUUGAGCUGCCAUUGAGAUCAAGCUGUGGCUUUUCUUAUAUUAUCGAAUCUACUAAAGC